AUGGAGAAUGCCUGGUGGACAUUUCCUGAAAACUUUGAAGCCCCAUUUGUGUUUCUCAUAGACGAGGCCCAGGAGGAACAAAUAUUUGGCCAUGGGGACUUAUACCUCCGAAGAAUAGAGGUACACAGCAACACCUUCAUUGAACUGGAAUCCUGGUUCACAGCCUCAGGCCAGACUCGAGUCACUGUGGUUGGGCCCUUCAGAGCAAAGCAGUGGCUGAUGCAUAUGAUUUGGAGUUUGGGUAGCCAGGAAGCUCACCACCACGCCCGAGGUCAAGAGAUGUUACUGCGUGUCCAGAACCAACCCCUGACCAGAGCUGACUUGGAUGAUUCUCUCAGGGUGCAGGCCUAUGACUGGGGCCUGUCUCCAGUUAUCAGGAUGAAAGGGACGACCUAA